AUGUCGAGCCUCGACGACAUCUUUGGCGACUGCAGCGACCUCCUCGGCAGCUCGUCGACGAACGCGGCCCCGACCUCGACCUACUCCCUCGACGAGCUCGGCCUCGAUGAGCUCGGCCUCGGCGACGUCAAGGCAACAGCGCCGGACGCGCUGUCGCCGACGACGGCCGCGAUCACGUCUGACCCGUCCGACUUUCUCUCGUGGCUCGACGCCAAGCCGACGUCGCCCGAGUCGGGCGUGCCCAAGUUCGAUGGUCCGUCCUCCGACUCGUUCUCGUUCGAUAGCCCACUGGCAGUUCCUUCCAAGGCAGCGGCCGAUACCGACGCCACCUUCUCCUUGGACGACGAGCCGGAAGCGCCGGCGCCCGUUGUCCCCGUCUCGGAUGCGACCAUCGUUGCCAAAACGGAUGCGGACUUCUCGUCGCCGCCGCCGGCCCCCGCCGUGACUGUGAAGCAGCCGACGCCGCCGGCCUCGGUUGCACCCGAGGCGUCCAGCACAAGCUCGGGCAACCCGUUCUUGAUCCCUGCGCCUACAGCGACAGCGACAAGCUCCAAGCCGCCGACGCCAGCGCACUCGCAGCCAAAAGCCGAGUCAAAGCAGCCGACACCAACGUCAUCGUUCUCUGGCAUCCCGCCGUCGCCCGCUGCCCCCGAAGGCAAGCCGCCAACGCCACCACAGUCCAACAAGGCGGCUCCUCCACCGAUUGAAACCAACACGGGGUCGCGCCACACGUCGUUCGAGGUCUUUACAAGUCCUGUGGGUGCCUCGUCCGUCUCGGCCUACUCGAGCCAAGAUGGCGCCAAGGUCCCUGCGAACGAUGAACUGCGUGCUCAUUACCGAUCGCUCAACAAGAUCCCUGUCGAGGAGCGCUUGCAAGCGUGGGGCACCCUUCUCGAGGCACCGCCGCUCGAGACCAAGACGGUCGCGCUCGGUGCGUCCGAACUCAUUCGUCGCGACGCGCAGGCCGUGUGCUCGCUCCUCUUUGCAGACGCAGCGUUCUGCAAGGGCCUCGAGAAGGACGGCGUGUCGCCCGACUCGGCGCGGCUCUCGCUCACCGACCACGUCGAGGCGCUCAUCUUGAACGAGUGCGAGAAGCACGCGAUCGCCUAUACGCCUGGCCUCGCAAUGGCAUUUGCGCCGCUCAUUGUUCUCGGCGGCGCCGACCCGCUGCGCCACGACCUCUUUGGCAUCAUGGACAUGGUCACGCUGCGCCUCUUCCCGCAUCUGCUGUCGCACGUGCCGCUGUCGCACGUGGCGCUGGCGCGGCGGCCGCUCCUCAAGUUGCUGCUCUUGUACCAUGACCCGACGAUUGCGUUGCACCUCGACCACACGUAUCCAUCGUGGUCGGAGCCGGGGUUGGUGCCCGACCAAUGGCUUGCGUCCCUCCUCGAGGGCCACGACCACACGACGGCGAUCGACUUGGACGUGGCGUCGCGCGUCUGGGACUGCGUCGUCGUGAACGCAAGCUCGACGUAUCCGUCGAUCGUCAUGGUGUUUGUGCUCCUGAGUGCGAUCCUCGGCUCCAAGAAGCGCCUCUUGAGCUUGACCAACGGGCCGAACUUGCGCAGCUGCAUGGUGCAGCUGUUUGUCGAGACAUUGAGUCGCCACACGACGCUGCUCCAGAACGUCCACGAGCUCAUCGAGAAGACGCCGUUUUCGUUCUGCACCAAGCUCUGCGACGCGGGCAUGGGCGUGACGGCAGCGGACGAGACGAAGAGCGCGUCGUUCACGCGCACAAACUCGAGCUCGUCGGUGACGAGCCCCAAGCCGCCGCGCACGAGCAGCAAGGAGCAGCUCGAGGUCCAGAGCAAGACGACAGUGACACCGACCAACAGCAGCAGCAGCAAAUUCUCGCUGACGCAGCUGUCAUCGAUCAACACCAAGCUCAUGGCGCAAGCGUCGCAGCUCAAGUCGAGCAUCACGGGCAAGAGCGAAGAGGGUUCGCGCAGCGACAGCUUCCACCUCGAGACGCCGUCGACGUACUUUUGCAUGACGAUCUCGGUCUGUGAAGUGAUUCCGUCCGUCUUUCGCGGCUUCAAAUCCGCGUGCACGGAAAAGAUUCGGUACUUUAUCAUCGACUGCCGACCGCACGAUUACCUUGCGCACGGCCAGAUCCCGACGUCGUUUCACUUCAACUCGGAGUCGCUCAUGGACCCGUCGGCGUUUGAUGCAGUCAUGGCGACGCUCCAGCCGAUGAAGAGCUCGGUGCACAUCUGCAUCAUGGGCCACGGUCACUCGCGCUACGCGAGCAGCAUGGUCAAGGACCUCAACCUCUCCAAGAGCGACGUGGCCGACAUGGUGGCCAAGGACGCGGCCCAGGUCAACGACGCCGUCAUGUUCCUCACCAAGCGCGGGUUUCCGUACGUGAGCAUCAUCGACGGCGGGUACGCGUCGGCGCACCGGUAUUUGGCCAAGUCACGCCUCUUCUCGCUCUCGGACCUGUGCGACCACGACGCAGCGUCGUGCACGCUGUGCCAGCAGUGGCAGACGCUGCAGGCCAAAGGGCGGAGCGCGUCGUCGGCGUCACUGCUCUCGGACGAAGAGAACGAGCAUAUUCAGCGCAGCGAAGGCGGCGUGUGCCUCGGUCGGUUUGGGCCGGAUGGUCGCGCGCGCACCAAGUCGACGACGCCGUCCGACAGCGUGACGUCCCCGUCGUCCUCGUCGUACUUUUCAUCGAUGACAAGCGCGCUCAAGGACAGCGGGAAGACGCUGACGGCCGUGAGUGGCAAGACCCUCAACGCCGUGCCGGGCUCGUCGCUCAUGUCGGGAGCCUUCAAGGACAGUAAGAACUGGAUGAUGAAGAAAAAAGAGUCGAUGGACCUCGGCGGCAAGCUCUCGGACGCCAAGGCGCAUCUGCACUUGAACGAGCUCAACAUGCCGAGCAUGAACUCGAUGCGGUCGGUCGUGGACGCGGCGGUGAAGCGCGACUCGGCCUUGAACCCGGUCACGUACGUCAAGAAGGCAGCGACGUCGAUCGCAGCGACGAUCGGGCCCCUUGAAGCAUCGGCGACCAUGAGCAACGCCCCGACGUCGCCGCCCGUAAUGAUUUCGCCGAGCAGCAAGAAGCCUGCGCCAUCGACCGCGACGGAAGCCGUCUUUUCGAUUGACGACGACGAGGACGAAGAGGCCGAUGACUUUGUGGGCGCGGCGGACGGCGGGGAUGACGAAGGCGAUGGCAGCGUGGCGAUCGUCGAGCAUGUCAUCGAGAAGGGCGGCGUGAGCGGUUUGAAGAAGGGCAUGCAGCUGCGUAUGCACCAGUUGCUGCCGCUGGUGUCGUCGCCGCUCUUUUCAUGCUACAAGAAGAAGGUCAAAGGCGGCGCGACCGCGAUGGUGCCGCGGCACGUGGUGCUCGCCGAGGACCACAUUCUCGUGCUCCGACCCGACAAGGUCUACGAAGGCGUCACGAGCGUCCGCAGCUGCCACCCUCUGAGCCACAUUGCGCGCAUGACGUGCAUGAAGAAGAAUGCGCUCAUGGUCACGCUCUAUUACAAGGUCGACGACCAGACUCAAAAGCAAAACUCGUACGAAGUGCAGCAGCGCGACGCGUUCAUCAAGGUCGUCCGGACGUCCAUGGAAGCCCUCGCGGCGCAAGCGUCCAGCGACGACAACUAG